CCCGAUUUCAGAAACGGAGAAACAAGCACCUAUUUUCGAUCGUUGGUUGGCACGAAAUGGCGAACGACGCGAAACAAAAUGCCGACAAUGCUGCCAACAGCGACGCUGAAGAAGGGGAAGACGUCUUCCACGAUGCUCGUUUCCCCGCCGAAGAAGAAACGCGACUCCUAGAAGAAUCACAGACCAUCAAAGCGGAAGCCAAUAAACUCUUCACGGCUUCCUGUUAUGACCAAGCUAUCUCCUGCUACGACCGCGCCCUCGCCUCAUGUCCCAACUAUCUCGACUACGAGGUUGCUGUUUUGCGAAGCAACAUGGCCGCCUGUUACCUGAAACUAGAAGACUGGAAAGCAUCAGUUGACGCCGCGACCGCCUGCAUCAACCGCCUGGAUAAAGUAAUUCCUCCCUCGACGGGAGCAUAUGCAGACGAUGCGAAGGGAAAGCAGCAAGAGCCGAGCGCCGAAGACGCCGUGAUCGAGAUAACAGGGGACGAUGAAGAGGCUGAGGAGGAGCUGAAACGGCUACAGAAGCUGGACGAUAGGAAACGUGACGUCAUGCGUAUUCGGGCAAAGGCGCUUAUGCGACGCGCGCGGGCGAAAAUGCAGCUAAACGGCUGGGGAAACUUGCAAGGGGCCGAAGAGGACUACAAAGAACUGGCUGGGAUGGAUAAUUUACCGCCGGAUGAUAGACGGGUAGUCCAGAAGGCACUUCGAGAACUACCCGCGAAAAUAAACCAGGCGCGGGAGAAAGAGAUGGGAGAGAUGAUGGGGAAGCUCAAGGAUCUGGGAAAUGGGAUUCUGAAACCCUUUGGGUUGUCGACGGAUAACUUCAACUUCGUACAAGAUCCGAAGACGGGUGGAUAUAGCAUGAACUUCCAGUCUUGAUGGCUGAGCGACUUGAGCAUCACAUUGCAUUAUGGAGUUUGGGAUCAUGAUAGCCAAGUGCAGUAUAAUCGGAUGGUAAUCUCACAUCUACGGACUUGUUUAGUAGAGGGAAGCAUACAAAUAUAAUAUAGGAGACAACUGGAGAAGCAAGACGAAGACACGCUUUCCACUCCUUAUAGCUUUCUUCACAAAUAGACUGUGUGAUUAUGCUUGAUGCGGCCAACCACGACAGAUUGCUCUUUUAAUCUAUUGUGGCUAACUAAAGGUGUACACCAGAUAGGCGCACACGAAUAGAAAUAGAGGAGCUUCAACGGCUUCAUCUAUGCCUGAGCGGCCCAAUGUUCUACUUGCAGCAGUUUCAAGACUGACAUCUCAUUUACUUGAUAUCAUUUUAUCUUAAAGACGAUUAAAC